AUGAAAAUCGGUGAGGCGAAUGGCAACACAAUCGAAGGUGUCUCUGAAUGGGUUCAAGAAGUGAAAUCUCUUCCAUCCACUCACUCCCCUCUUUUUUAAAUUGGAACAAAAAUUCCUAUUCCAAUUUUAAUGGGGAUUAAAAAAUCUUAUAUUAAAUUUUUCUCUAUUAUAAAAUUUUUAAAAAUUAAAAAAGCAUAGUUUGAACACAAUAUUUUUGAAUUUUCUGAAGAAUUAAUAAAUAAAUUAAUCGAUUAUGUGGAAACUGCUUAAAUGACACUUUAUCCGUUAAAUUAGGCCAAUUGAAAUUUCUUACUUGAAAAUUUAAUCCGGUUGAAAAGAGUACAAAAAAAUGGAAUUUUAUCUAUAUUUAUUCAAUUUAAAGGGGAGUCAGUUCAUUGAAUACCUCUCUAACCUAAAACAUUGGGAAUGGCAACGAAUCGAUGAUUUAUCCCCCAUCGCUCCGAUUCUUGACCGAAUAGAUGAGCUUCUCAAUCAAGCUCUGCAAGAGGAAAACCAUCAGCUCUUGAUCUUUCUAUUAGAAAAGACCCAAAUUCUCCUAAAAUCAGCAACAUCUAAAUCACUUUACAACUCCGUAGACGAGCUUUUAUUGAUUUUGGAUAUGCCAGAUUGGGAGAUUGUGCAUAAGGCGCUCCAGGUGUUCCACGUAUUAGUCAACCGAAUCACUCCGACGAUGAAAACCACGAAAGCUCACAGUAACUCUGUGCUGGCCAACAAACUUUAUGCGAUAGGUCUGGGGCCAACAUUGAAUAAUCCGAAUCCCCUUUCAUUACAAAUGCUUUGUUCGGAAGAAAAUGUCCAGCCAUUGAAAUUUCAGUACUUAUCGGGAGACGAACUAAUUGAGACAGAUGAAAAUGUCCCAGAACAUUUAAAAUAUAUUUGGGAAAAUAGAAAGAGGACAAACCAGAUCAUUGGGAAUAAGGAAAAAAGGCAGCUCGUUGCUGCAUGCCAGCUAUUAGCACUAAGUGUGCUGCUGCAGAUGAACCCCGAUUUCCAUAUGAUACAGGAUUUUUGCAGAUCAUUACCAGAGUUGUGGCUGCUUCCAAGCUUGUCAGAAUUGCUAAGAAUGCAGGUUAGUUCCUCAAUUCAUAUCCAAGUCAUCUAUUUGCUCUCAGCUAUUCUGGUCAUGAUGGAAGGACAAACAAAUCGCCAUGAGCCUUCUCAAAGCCAGCUUAUAACAGCGACCCACAAUUUGCUUGCAGCAUGGCAGCAGCACGGGCUAAUGCAGUCUCUUCUGCGUGACAUAGUCUACCCAUCUCCUGCAAUGAUUACUUUUGAGACAUCUCGAAACCCAGAAUUUGUCUCCUCAAUUCUGCACCUUUCAAGCAUAAUUGCUGACUACAAGUUCAGAGUGGACUCGUCCCAUGUCCAUGGAAUGACUUGUUCACUAUUGCUUCUAUUGAAGCUCCCAGAGCACAAUACUUAUAGCUUUAUGAUGGAAUCUAUUGCGAAGGGUGUCAGAAUUUUAUCAGUCUUGAUAUCACAUAAUAUUGACAUGUUCAGAGAAAUCGAUGGAAUGAGCACUGUUUUACGGUUACUCAAUCAUGAACUCGUUAUCAAUGCUGAGCCAGUUGACUGCUUUUAUGAGCAUUCUUCUGAUAUUGUGCCGUCUCCAGCUGUAAGAUCUUAUCUAAUUAGAACUCUCUUACGUAUCCUUAAAAUCGCACUCAAUAAGUUGGAAACAGUCCCAGGAGUUUCUCAUAAUGAAAUCAGAACUAUUAUAGACAGCGGACUAAUGGCAGCUUUAAGGAAAAAUUUUGAAAAACAGAAAUUUGAUAUUUAUGAGCCUUCUUUGCAGCUAUUAUCAAUUAUGGUAAAUGAUAAUCCACAUCUGGUCAACGAGUUUUUGUCAGAUGGAACUAUUGUUGCUUUAUUUAACUCGUUAGAAACACAGCUGCCACCACAGCCUAAACUUAUGGGAAUUUUGGCAAGAUUUUUAUGUGCUACAGCUUUGAAUACUGAAGGAAUCAAAAUUAUAGAAAAUUUCAAUACGAUACCAAGACUUUUACAAGCAUUGGGAAAUUAUGAAACCUCUGUGCUUUCUAAUGAAGUUGCUAUUGGAAUUGGAGAAAGCUUGCAGGAAUUAAUGACUUUGGUUCCUGGAUUGAGAGAUAAAACAGUAGAUGGCUGCAUUCAAUUGGUGAAUACAACGCAAUUUUGCAAUCUUUCUGCGAAAGAAUCCUUUUUCACCCAAUUGACAAAUAUUGCGAAACUCUUAGGAAUGCUUUUUAACUACUCUAAUGACUUAAUUAGAGGGUUUAUUGAUAAAGGUGGCCUAGAUGGAUAUUUUGCAAUUUUCAGGCUCCCUAUCUUGCCUCUUACUUAUAAUAACGAAUUCCACUCAGCUUUACUAUGCUUUAAAUCAAUCCCUAUGAACCUAACACUAGUCGUGCUCAGCAAAAUUCUUACAAUUUUAAACCAAAAUUUAUCAAAACUAGAAGAUUUCAUUGGUCCAUUGCAUUUAGCUAAAGACUUCAGCAAUGUGACAGCUAAUAACCAUGACGAGUUUAUGCAUGUUUUGACAUCAAUAGACUCAUUUGUAGACAUGACAAGAAUUGUAAGCCAAUAUGGUACCGGAAUAAGCAACAUAGUCAGUGACCUUUGUGCAACUUUAGUCCAGUUAUCACAUUUUAUGAGACUUUUAAUAGCAGAACAAGCAAGACUAUCACCAUUUAGUAAACCAAAUGAGAAGAAAACAGAUAAAUUUAACAUGCCAAUUGAUAUCAGCGACAUUGAAAACGCAACACUGAAAAGCUAUGAUGAAAAUUUUUAUUUUACCUGUCAGCUAUCUGUUAGAAGACUUUUUAGAUUUGCGACAAGGAUUUCAGCUGCAAAAGGCAGAAAUAGUAUCAGUGAAGACUCAAGCUUGAAAAUCAGCAAAACUAUGGGAGAAUUAAUGGCAGGACUUAUCAAACUUUUGAACUUAGACGAGCCUAGCCAAAGCAAAGCGUAUUAUUAUUGCUUGCAGCUGUCUGACAUACUAAAAAUCCUUUUGCAUGACCAAGGAUCAAGCCCUUCCACAAUAUGGGCAUUUUUCCAAGCAGGAGGAAUAGACCACUUAAUAAACUUCAUUAAGCAGCUCAAUGCUAUUUCGCUUUCUCUUCAUAAGCAAAGAGACCUUUCCUAUGACCUGGCCAACUCUUUACAAAUUCUUUGGAAUUUGUGUGGAAAAGCUAUGGAAGGCUUAGCUAAUGGAAAAUAUCAAGGCCCUCCAGGUAUCAAUUCAGUACUAAAAUCUCUUGGAGUCGCUAGUGGCAAACACGUUGUCAGAAAAAUGCAAAAUUUAGCAGUUGACUGCAUUAAAGACCUGAAUUAUUUAGAAACUGGAGUUUUAUCCACAGCUUUUGCGAAAUCUGUAUUAGAAGUAAUCAAGCAAGUGUUAGAACAGCCGCAUGAUAAUGAUUUAUCGCCUCCACACUUUAGCGAUCAAGCUGCAGCAAGACCAAUAGGUGAGAUGGGGUUAAAUGAAGCUUUAGAAAGGCAUUUAUAUAUGCAGCCAGGGUCAUCAAACUAUCACCAUUUUAGAGAUGCAAGGCACAGUCAUAGUGAUUUUUCUAAUAUGCCUCCUGCACCUACCAUAGAAAAUGUCCACCAAAUUUUAAUCGAUUAUUUGCCUGCAAUUUCACCGUUAGCUUCAAGUGUAGCAGAUUUAUUGUUGAAACUCUGCAAUAAAACUAACUCUCAAGGCCCAGAAAUCGCUCUCAUGCUACUCUCCUUAAUAGGUAAACUUGCAAAGGACUUGCUAGGGGUCAGCUCCCUAUAUGAUGUCACGCUAGGUAUGAGCUCUCUGCAGCCAGUUGAAAUAGAAGCAGACUUCGGCCAAUUGUCAGCUGCCAUCCAAACCCUUUCAUUUUUAUCAGCUAAAUCCAAUGACAUUUUGGAGUUUGUCAAGCAAAAUAACUUUACAGAGCAUGCCCUCAAUUUUAUAUCAGCCGCAAAUGAAAAUUCCAGAAAAGGUAACCACGAGUGGAUGGCUCCUUUGUUUUCAAUUCUCGAUACCCUAGUCCGGCUUUGCAAUGCUGGAAGCUUCGACAUGAUUGAAGCCAUUUCGAAAUUCCUCAAAUCUACCCACGAAACAAAAUCCAAGCUUGCCCAAACUGAAGUCUUUUCUCUUUUAACGCUUUUAAUUUCUCUGACUUCAGACCCCUCCUAUGCAAAGUCAUUUGUGGAUAACGACGCUUUAUUUUCUCUCUUAACUGUCACUGUAAUUUCUCCAGAACCAAAAGUUCGAGGUCUCCUAACCACUUAUUUCAAUUUCCUCAAACAAAUAUCUGAAGACCCUUAUAUUUUGCAAAGUGUUUUCGAAAUUGCUAUUAAAGGAGCAUUGAUUGGUUCACCUUCAUUAGACAAUUUCAUGAAGAAUUUCCGCUCUCAAGUCACAAGAAGUAAAGACAUAUUCCAGAGGGCCUUUGAAAACGUGUGCUCCUGCUUUAGGAGGGAUAAUAAGGUGUAUGUAGAAGAAAGGAAGGAAAGAGAAGAAAUUUCUGCUCCAAGAUGGGACAUGGUUACACCAAUUGCAAAUGCACUUGUAGAAGCUUUUAAUGCUGAGCAAACAGGGAAGUCUGAGCUUUUGCUACAAAGUGAACAAAUUAUGUCACUUUUGGCAGAUUUAAUACAAACUUAUCCUCUUAUGAUAUCAAGCUUGAUCCCGCUCAACGUUAAAGGGGUAAAACCUGCUUCAAGUCAUAAGCAUUCACGACGAUUUUUAACACAGCUAGUAAGAAACUAUAUUCAAAAACCUCAUGUAAAACUAUUAAGGGCCUUGACUUUUAAACAAGCUCAUAGACAGCCAAAUACCCCUGUCGCGCACAUUUUCAAUACAUCAAUUUGUAGCAAUAACAUCCCUGUACUGAAAGCAAGGAAAAGAAUUUUCACAGAAAUGAAAGAGAUGCUUGCAGAAGAGUCAAAAAAGAAUUGGUCUGAUAGUGAAAAAUCUAUGAGUACUAUCAAAAAUAUAGCAAUCACCAUCAUGCAACUAUUAAGAGAGCCUGCAAAAGCGCCAUUCACACGCAACAAUCCUGCAGAAAUCGCAAGAUUUUUGGUCUCUGACCAAUUGAAUAUGGUUAGACUGCUUUCUGACUGCUCAAAAGGAGUUAAGCUUUCCUUUAAAAAAGCUGGCUCUCUUCUCAAUCUCUUAUUAGCACCCUUACCAUUCCUUUAAGAGCGAGCAACACUUUUUAGACCUUUUAGAGGAAUUUGUUUUUUUUAAUUAUUGCUUUUGGUAUUCUAACUCUAUAAAAAGAAAAUCAAGUUUAGUUUAUAAAAUUUAUGUUUUAUGGUAUAAGCUGUGAAAUAUUAAUGCAAUUAACUUGAGUUCUCAUUAUAGCAAUUAUUAAAUUAUGUAUAAGAAUAUUUUAUAUAAAUAAUUUUAUUAGGAAUUUUCUUCGCUCUUAAACCAUAAUUAAUUUUUCCAUUAAUUUUCUCUCUCUUGGACGAGUUAGAAUUGCUCACAAGAUAUAACAUAAACUUCACUUUACAUUUGGCCCGGCACCAAACUCAUGAACUUGAAGAAGUAGUCGAUGAAAACCCUGAAGAUGAGGAUGUGCCCAAAUAUGAUAUGUAUCCUUUAGAAGAGCAAGAAUACGGAGAAGAGGACAUAGAAGAAGAGGAAGGAGAAGGAGAAGAGGAAGCAGAAGGAAGCGAAAUCAGCUUAAACUCAGGCACUGAAGAAAGUGAAAGCCAAGAAGAGCUUGAAAUAGGAGAAGUAGAAGGCAUGGAAGACCAUGAAGAAGACGAAGAUGCCGAUUUAAUUGAAGAAGAAAGCGACGAUAUAGAAGAUGAAGAGCUAUUAGACGAUAUUGUCAUUGAAAAUCGAAACACAGACGCGUUUUGGGCUGAUGACUUUGAAGAGGAAGAAGAAGACCCUGCAAGAGAAGGCUGGAUGCAAGCUAGACCUACUGAUCUUACCCAUGCAGAAAGGCAUUUACUUGAACAAGGCGUUUUUGGCGCUGAAGUUGACGAAAUUCACCCUGGAAUCCUUUUCCAAACCUCGAAUCACUCCCCCAGUCAGUUUGUCAGAGAAAUUAACGAUGAAGGUCCCAUCAUGCAGCUGAUUCGAGAUUUUGAUAACCCUAACGAUGAAUUUCUCCAAGUCUUGCUACAUCGUAACCGUCACACAGGUGAAGCCAUGCCAAUAAGGCCUCCUGAGUACAACAGAACUGACCAAGUUGAAAACACCAUCUCAGAGCUGACCACUAUUUUUGCUCAAAACGCUUUGAUUGCACAAGAAGUCUCACAAAAAGAAGCUGAAGAAUCUCAGCCAGCCCAACAGCUGAAUUUCGAUAUGGAAGUUGAAGAAGAAAGCCCCGCACAAGUGCCACAAGAGAGAGAAGUUGUCGUUGAAAAUAUUCCACAGGAGCGCAGGCGUGAAGAAGUCCAAAUCCAGCUACCUGAAGGGAUCGAUCCUGCAUUUUUGGACGCACUCCCUCCUGACAUUAGAGAAGAAGUCCUUGCACAAUACAGACAUGCAGAUCCCCAGCCACAAGAAAUCGAGCCAAAUAUUAGUGAAGAAUUUUUAAAUGCCCUGCCACCUGAUAUAAGAAAUGAAGUUAUACUUCAGAACCAGCCUCAAAUAGGCCAGGCUGCUGAAAUGGAUAAUGCUACGUUUAUUGCCAGCUUGGCACCUGAUUUGAGAAGGGAAGUUUUACUGGGAGUGAGUGAAGAGAUGAUGCUAAGCCUCCCACCUGAGCUUGCAGCUGAAGCAAGGCUUCUUCAGGACAGAGCAAUUCAGCAGAGACACAAUUUUAUUAUUGAAAGGCAAAUUCCUCAGCAACGCCAUAACCCAAUUUCACAAGAAGAAGGCAAAGCUAUUUCUGAUAUAGUGGCUGAUGAAAAACUAUCAAACUCUUUAAUACAAGUUGAAGACAACUUUUUGGAGCUUCUGCUAAAAGCACUUUAUCUUGUAAGUCCUAUAAAUCGAGAUAUUUUAGCAUUUCUGCUAUUAAACCUUUCAGCUCAUCAGGUUUCUCGUCAAAAAAUUCUAGACGGCCUUGUCUGCAUUCUUUUACAGCUAUCCCCUCGUCGUGAUUUCCCUCCACGCCAGCUAUAUGGGUCAGAUUCUUUUAUGGACAACUUUAACCAAGCCUACGCAAUUGUGUCAGGGCGAAUUUUAGACCUGCUUCAAUAUCUCACCAAAAUUAACCCAAAGGUCGCAUCAGACCUGACAAGUCAAUCCAAACAUCGGCUGAGCAUUGUAAAGUCCUUCAAAGGAAACGAAGAAGUCAGAGCUUUCCAAAGCUUAAUUAGCCUAAUGGACCAAGGGCUAUAUAGAACAAGUAGCACUCAUUUGACACCUCUUAUCAAUCUGAUUGCAGCUGUUAUAGAAAAACAAGAAAAUGACAUACAAACUUUAGACGAAUUUGCAAUCAGACAAAUUUGCAGCUUACUGAGCUAUGAAAGCUUAAAUGAAGUGACUGUAAAAACUGUUGUGGAACUGGUUACAAAGCUAGCGAAAAAUGAAAAUAAUAAGGCCCAGAUACAAGAAGCACUCACAAGAGAAAUCAGAGUUUUAGGAGAAGAAAUUGCUGAAAGUUUGAGGAGGGUCGAAACUUCGCCAAAUGGACAAAGGGAACUGCAGCUGCUAAGGAUAUACAAAGUUUUGAACAGUGUUUCAGACAAUGUUGAAGGGCUUGAGUAUUUGUGGGAUCCAUUAACAGAAGCUUUAAGUGUGAUCACAGAAAGAGACACUAACUUAUCAAGCACCACAAGCCCAACCCUCAGCAAACUCUUGCCGAUUAUUGAAAUCUUUUUCAUUUCUCAUAUAAAUUCAGUGCUUGGCGAACGUUUCCAGUCAUUUUGUGACAAAAAUCGUAAAGUCCUUAAUUUAUUAGUCAAGCAAAACCCAAGCCUCUUAAACGAUACCUUCAACUCCCUUGUGACCCGUUUCCCAUCACUUUUGGAUUUUGAAAACAAACGCAGCUUUUUCCGUUCAGAAAUCAGAAAAAUGCGCCCAGAGCGAGGCUAUGAUACGAUUAGACUUAAUGUGAGAAGAAAUGAAGUUUUCAUGGAUUCUUUCCAUCAGUUGAAAGUUAGGACUCCAGCUGAAAUGUAUGGAAAACUUCGUGUCCAGUUCUUUGGAGAAGAAGGUGUAGACGCUGGAGGUUUGACUCGAGAAUGGUACGGACUUCUUGCAAGAGAGAUGUUUAACCCUAACUACGCUCUUUUCAUCCCUUCAGCAAACGGGGUCCUUUUCCAGCCUAACCCACUAUCAUAUGUAAAUGCUGAGCAUCUGCAAUUCUUUAAGUUUGUCGGAAGAAUUAUUGGAAAAGCCCUGUGUGAUGGGUAUGCCCUUGAUGUCUACUUUACUCGUUCAUUUUACAAGCAUAUUCUUGGCCAAGAAGUAAACUAUCAAGACAUGGAAGACAUUGACCCUGAGUUUUAUAAAAACCUAAAGUAUUUACUAGAUAUCAGUUUAACAGAAAACGAGUUCCAUGAGUAUUAUUUUGCCUACGAAGAAGAGGAGUUUGGAAAAUUAAUCAUAAAAGAACUGAUUCCAAAUGGAGCACAAAUCAGAGUGACUGAAGACAACAAGAUGGAGUAUAUAAAAUUGCUAUGCAGCAUGAAGACGACAAAGAAUAUAGAAGAACAAAUCAAUGCAUUUUUAGAAGGGUUUUACGAGAUGGUGCCUAAAGAACUCAUAGGGAUUUUUGACAGCAAAGAGCUGGAACUGCUGAUAUCAGGAUUGCCUGAUAUAGAUUUAGAAGACCUAAGAGCGAACACCGAAUAUCAUAACUACACAAGAGAUUCUCAAGUGAUCAGAUGGCUAUGGGAAGUUUUGUAUGAGUUCUCCCAAGAAGAAAGAGCAGAGUUCUUACAAUUCGUGACAGGCUCAAGCAAGGUACCUUUAGAAGGCUUCAAAGCCUUAGCUGGGAUGAGCGGGCCUCAGAAAUUCCAAAUACAUAAGAGCUUCACUACAGUUGACAGGCUGCCAACAGCUCACACCUGUAUGAACCAAUUGGACCUUCCUGAAUACACUUCCAAAGACAUGGUUUACAGCCGAAUCAAGCUUGCAAUCAGUGAAGGGAAAGAAGGGUUCGGAUUCAUGUAG